CGAAUCUAACCUCCCUUAUAGUUCUAGUUCUAGCUGAGAAAAAAAUUACAAAUUACAAAAUUAAUAAUGUCUAGCCAAACUAAAGAUAUUACCAGGAAAGAAAACGUGGUGCAAGCCAUAAUUGUUGCUGACACGUUUGGAGACGAAUUUGUUCCAAUAUCAGACACCAUUCCUCACGCUCUCUUACCAGUUCUCAACAAACCCCUUAUUGAUUACACUCUGGAAUUUUUAUCUCUUGGGGGAAUUGAAGAGACAUUCUUGUUCUGCUCUAAUCAUGUGAAUUUGAUUAAGGAACACAUCAAUAAAAGUAUUAAAAAUGUAGAAGGUUGGACUCUGACUAUGAAAGUGAAUAUAAUCAUUUCUGAGUCCUGUCAUUCAUUUGGAGAUUGCCUCAGAGAUUUAGAUGCUAAGGGAUUACUAAGAGGUGAUUUUGUGUUAUUAGAACCUGGUAUAAUCUCAAAUGUGCAGCUGUUAUCACUACUAAAGAAGCAUGGUGAGACAACAAAAUUUGAUAAAUAUGCUUCUAUGACAAUGAUUCUACAAGAAGCUGGUAUAGGACAUAUUGGAAGAUGUCCUGAGGAAGAAAUCAUCAUAGCUACUAAUGAACAAAACAGGAUAUUAUUUCACAAAAAAAUGGGAAAGACAAAGGAAAGAAAACUAGAAUUUCCUCUGGAUAUAUUUCUGGAAAAUUCAGAAAUAUCUCUGUUGCACAACUUGAAAGACACUCAUAUUGCAAUAUGUUCACCUUCUGUGCUGCCAUUAUUUUCGGAUAAUUUUGAUUUUCAAACAAAAGAUGACUUCAUAAAAGGGCUGUUGAUGAAUGAAGAGAUUUUAGAAGGCACACUUUAUUGUCAUGUACUGAAAGGAAGUCAAUAUGGAGGUGCUAUUACCAACUGGAGAAUGUAUCAAGCAUUGAGUUAUGAGCUCCAGAACAAAUGGAUACAUCCUCUUUCCUCCCCUAGAAAAAGGAAUCGUCUAAUGAAAAAUAGUGUAAUCAUUGGAGAAAAUACAAAAAUUCCUGAAUCAGCCCACAUUGAAAGAUCAGUUCUAGGAGAGAAUGUAACAGUUGGUCAAAACACCAGGGUAGAACAUUCAUUCAUAUUUUCAGAUUGCAAAAUUGCAGAUGAUGUAAUUAUUUCUCAUAGCAUAAUAGGUCCACACUGUGUUCUGAAUGAAAAGAGUAGAAUAACUGCAGGAAGCAUUCUAGGGCAAGAUACAGUCAUUGAGAAGAAUUUAUUUGUAGAAAAUACUCUGGUACAAUCCACAAAACCAGAUGAUUUUGAAGAAGGUGAUAAAUUGGGCGCCAAAUCGUAUAGAUUGCGAAUUUCUGGUGAAGAGGACGAUGAUCUUAUUGUCUCAUCUUUAUCCUGCAAAAUGUCAAAAAUGCACAUUCAGGAGGAUAAUUGUGAAUCUGAGGAUGAAAUAGAAGGUUUCAGUGAUAGUGAAGAAGAGGAAUUAUCAUAUACUCACUCGCCUCCACCAGAUGAUACCAAAUUGUUCUUCACGGAAGUAAUCGACAGCUUAACCAGGGGUUUUGAAGAUAACCUUUUGUGUGACAACCUCAUAUUGGAAAUCAAUUCAUCACGAUAUGCUUACAAUGUCACUGUCAAAGAGGUGAAUUUCAAUGUCAUAAAAGCUAUUUUAACUAUGUCACUGAGGCAGCCUACUGGUGUGCAGUAUUUCUCUCAUUUAUCUCGUUUACUCUCAUACUUUGCUCCAGUCCUGAGGAACUACAUUCGAAAUGAGAAUGCAAUGGUAGAUAGUUUGCAAGCAAUUGAGGAUGUUGCCACAUCUAAUGAGGAUCUGAAGGACAAGUGGGUGAUGUUUGUCCUGCAGUAUUUGUACGACAAAGACUAUAUAACUGAAGAAGUUAUAUUGAGUUGGUUCAAAACUCUGGAAUCGAAGUCAAACUUUCAUUCACAAGUUAAACCAUUUACAGAUUGGUUGGAAGCAGCUGAAGAGGCAUCAUCUUCUGAAGAAGAAAGUGAUUGAGAUAUUUUUAAUUAUAUGUAUAUUAAUUUUAUCAUGUUAUUAAAAAAAUUAUACAUG